CGCUGCCAGCUGGACCCACAUCAUGCUCAAUGAAUGACGUGGAUUUUCAAUCACCAAAUUCCAGCCUUUGAAUUUAUUGACCUCAGCUCUAGAUCUAAGUGGAUCUGAUUUUAAUUUUCAUUAGAAUAUUUACGGCGCUUGAUAAGGACAUUGUGUUUAUUCAUAGUAGUAAAAGGUAAAGCUUAGAUAACUAUGAGUAAAAUUAAAGUUGAGAACCUUCGCGACAAGAUUGAAGGGAAUGAAUUGGAUCUUAGUCUAUGCAACCUUACAGAUGUACCGGUCAAGGAUCUUGCAGCAGUUCCGAAAGCAACUGUUUUGGACCUCUCCUGUAAUAAUCUCACAAUUCUUCCACCUGAAUUCUGUACCUUGACUCAUCUGGUGAAAGUUGACCUGAGCAAAAAUCAGCUAAUCAGUCUACCAGAGGACGUAGGGCGGCUCAGCAACCUACAGCAUCUGGAUCUGUAUAACAACAAGCUGACAUCACUGCCUGUCAGUUUCUCAUACCUUAAGAAUCUCAGAUGGCUGGAUCUCAAAGACAACCCCCUGGAAGUGACACUGGCCAAGGCUGCAGGAGACUGUCUGGAUGAAAAGCAGUGUAAACAGUGCGCAACAAGGGUUCUCCAGCACAUGAAAGCUCUGAAAGAAGAAUCAGACCGGGAACGAGAACGACAGCUGCUGAAGGAGAGAGAACAGGAAAAGAAGAGGGAAGCUAAGCAGAGGGAGAGGGAGGCCCGGGAAAAAGAAGCCCUGAAAAAGAAAAAGGCAGAAGAAAAAGAGAGGAAGAGGAAGGAAUACCAAGCGCAGGUGGCUGCUCAGGCUGCACAGGAGCAACAGAAGAAGAAGAAAGAAGAGAAGAAAAAGAAGGCCAGUCAAAACCACGAUAAAAAGAAGGCCUUGCCAAGUGUGCCUCAGGCCAAGCGCUCCGCGUGCUCUCGCCUCUUCUCUCUGCUCCUCAGGCUCCUGCUUCUGCUUGUCAUCGGAGCUGUAGGAGCAAUAGUGGCUUGUCAGCUGACUGAGCUGAGUAAAGAAUCAUUGUGUGCUCCCAUUAAUCUGUACGCUCAUGAAGCGCUGAGCUGGGCCCGAGACCUGGAGGUCGUGCAGCACGUCAUUCAGAAAAUCUCUGACUUCCGAGCAUGAGAUCCUGUUUCCACUUUGCUCAGGUUUUAGCCUGAAAAGGAAAGCAUGAUGGCAAAGGCAGGCUUUUGAUAUUCCUAAGGAAUUGAUGUUCCCAUGUUUCUGUGCAUCUCUUUAAAAACAUGGCAUAGCUGGCCUUUAUAGGCUAAUGGGUUGAGUUCUACACUUGAGUCAAAUUGCCAAAAUGGAACAGGGGAAGUAGACUUCAGGUCCAAGUGCCGGCGAAGCUACUGAACAAAAAAAAA